GGCUGGGGCAUUAGUUGCGCCCCGGACCUGAUAGCAGGCGGACGCGUUGGUGCGCCACUCUCCACGCUCGAAACGUUGCGGCUGGCGCACGCGCGCGCGCGCCUUAGCACCCGCUCGCUCAUUGCCAACUACCAAACGGCCGUUCAGUGAGUUUUUAAAUCGAACUUAAAUAGCCAAGUCCGGCAAAUUGGUAUAAAAGAAAAACAAAUCUAAUUGUGAUGAAGCAGUGCAGUUAAGAAACAAAAAAAAAAACCCUCAAUCGAGAAAGGUUCGUCGCUUCCAUCCGAUAUCUCUUCCUGCUGUAACGAAAAACAAAAAGAGCUUAGGUUCGUCGCCUACGUCCGUGCACGCAUUAAACGCACAGCCAAACAAACCGCCCCGCCACACAAUGCAGCUAUCGUCAUCGCUUAGCGUGCUGCUCGUGCUGCUGCUGCUGCUGUGCCACGAAAACAAAUUCCACCGGUGGAAGGUGAACGGGGCGAUCAGCGCCUUCCAGCCGACCAUCUUCGACAAUGCGCAGUGGCGCGUCAUCUUUCACCUCUACCGGAACGUCACGAUGAUGAUGGCCGGCCGGACCGGCUACAAGACGAGCGGCAAGUUCCUGCAGAAGAAAAUCCCGGAAAGCGUGGCGUUCCCGUGCGAUGUGGCGGUCGGCCGCAGCCCGGAACCACCGACCAGCGUGCACAAGCUGCGCCCCGGUGACAUAAACGUGGUGGCCGCGAUCGGCGAUUCCGUCAUCACUGCCAGCGGUGCAUCGGCCACCAGCUUCCUGCAGCUGUACACCGAAAACCGGGGCCUGUCCUGGUGCAUCGGUGGCCAGUGGGGUUGGCGCAACGCAACCACCCUGCCGAACAUACUGAAGAUGUUCAAUCCGAAGCUCGUUGGAUAUUCGUACCGCGACUCGUACAGCUUCCACUGGGACUCGCAGUUUAACAAUGCGGAGAUAGGGGCCGUCUCCAAGGAGCUGCCGCACAUGGCCGCCCAGAUGGUGACGCGCAUUCGCACGGACAAGCGCGUCAACUUCCAGAAGGACUGGAAGCUGCUGACGAUCACGAUCGGUGGCAACGAUAUCUGUGCGUACGUGUGCACCCUGCAGGAUCCGGAAUCGCUCCCGCUGCAGCACCGGCGGUCGCUGCUAAAGAUGCUGCGCUAUCUGCGCGACAAUUUGCCCCGCACGCUCGUCAACAUCGUGUCCGUGCCGGACGUGUCGACGGUGGUGUCGAUCAAGAAGAAGCCAAUGAUGUGUUGGAUCCUGCACCAUGCCGAGUGUCCGUGUUGGGUUGGUCCACUGCACAACUCUACCAAAGAAUCGAGAGCAAGAUGGGCUCGAAUACAAACGCAGUACCGGAAAGUAGAGGAGGAAGUCGCCAUGCUGGACGAGUUCCGUGGGCUUGAUGAGUUCGCCGUCGUACAUCAACCGUGGACGAGAAACCUUUCGCUCAUGAAAGGAAACGAGGUCGACUACACACUACUCUCGUACGACUGCUUCCAUAUGAGUCAGAAAGGCCAUGCACAAGCGGCCGUUGCCUACUGGAACAAUCUGCUGGAACCGCCGGGCAAGAAGAGCACGGGCUGGAAGCCGGGCAUCGACGGCUUUCGCUGCCCUUCGAAGGAGUCCCCCUACAUCUACACCUACGACAACAGCUAGGCGCUAGCGCAGGCGUAGCCAUACUACCACACAGACACACAUACAUAAGGGGAAUACACACAUACGAAACGGGGAAAGCACAGCAAGGGUUGUUUUAGGUUAAAUAAAAGUCCGGUUCCGAAAAUAUA